GCCUUGGUGGCUGUGGACGUGCGCAUGAUAAAGCUACCGUCUGACCUGCACAAAAAAUGAGUCUGAACGUACCUCCCAAGCUCACCUAUGCACAAAUAACAUGACUCUCGAGGUCUGUAGCAUGUAUGUAUAUCAUGUCGUGCUUUUUUCAGGCAGGUGAAAACAAGGUAGGCCGUACGUUUGAGGAUGAGGGAAACUACCAACACGUGACAUAUAACUAUAUGGGGAAUAUGACCCCCGUUAAUUCUGCAAAUUGUCGAUAGUUUCGCCUGAACGCUUCCUGGUAUGUCAAGCAUUCUAUCCCGCAACAUGGAAUGCAGGGACGUCAUUCCACCAUACUAAUUGCAAAUCUAGAGCUGUCGAAGGCAACCCGGGAGUACGUCCAAUAACUCCGGAGUUGAACCACGUUCCGGAGUUGGAGCCUACCGUCACAAGAGCAGUAAGCUCCUAUUAGGACCCACUCCAGAUUCUGAAAGAAAAUGAAUAGAUCUCUUCAUCUCUCCGAAUCCUUCGUCAUCAGUUGUGGCACAGUUACCCUCGAUAUCGAUCAAUCUAAGGUCCUCGUCAUCUACUUGAGAAAAACAGGCGAAUAUUGCCUUCCAAAGGGGAGAAAAGAUGUGGGGGAACAGCUCGAAGCAACAGCCGUUCGCGAGACGUACGAAGAAACAGGAUACAUCAUUGAGCUACUACCCCUUCAGUUGACCACCCUUGCUACCCUCCACGGGAAUGAUGAUGUCCGAUCUGCGAUACCUGGAGGGACAACGGAACCCGUCGCUGUGACGCAAAGGACGACUCAGGGUCUGCUGAAGAUCAUCUUUUGGUAUGCGGCACGAGGUGAUUCUUGUGCCAUACGCCAGAUGAAUACGACAGAACAAGACGACGAGGAUUUUGAUGCCAUCUGGUGUCCCAUGGAUGAAGUAGUUCGGUUGUUGACAUUCCAUGAUGACAAAACGAUCACUGCAAAGGUCAUCGAGGCAGCUCGUAGUGGGAGAAGUGGAUCUAAGAUACAUUGUGCAGUAUCUAUAUAAUCUACUAAUUCUGACGGAAGGCGCGCCUUCGGCGCGAUCCGUGCCAGGAGCGAGCAUGUGAAUGAUGCCCGCUGGAGGCAGUCGAGAGCAUCAAAGGUACCUAGUGGCAGUUAGUCCGCAGUGAGUGCUGCAGCGACAAUGCACUGACAAAGCGAAGCAGCCGGUCCAUUGACCGAUUUUCCAAACAACGCGUCAUCUAUUUUAUUUCCAAUGCUUGUUUCUGUUUAUACUUAGAGUAUCUCUCGA